AUGAAUUUCACACCAGAUUGCCCUGAAAUAAAAUGGCGUCAUCAAUGGGGUAGUAAAACCACAGACAAUGUCAUCUAUCGUCCCAUACCGAUUAAACGUGUCGUCUUUCAUCAUACCGUAACGCCGGAAUGUUCAAAAUUUGAACAAUGUUCGAAAUUCGUCCAGGAUAUACAACAGUUUCAUGUGAACAAAAAGAAAUUUAAGGAUAUUGGUUACAAAUUUCGCUUUAAAUUAAAACUGCAAACAACGACAACAACAACAACAAUGCUAUUUAAAAUCGUUUACCGGUUUCUGGCUAUCGCUUGCUUCACUUAUGUCGUCUCGGGUGCCGAUUGUCCGCGUAUCAAACUGAAACGUCAAUGGGGUGGCAAAUUAAGUAAAGACAUCGAUUUCCGACCCUUGCCGGUAAAAUAUGUGAUCGUCCAUCACACCGUCACGCCGGAAUGCAGCGAUUUUCUCCAGUGUGCCCAACUUUUACAAAAUAUGCAGCACUUUGGCAUAACGGAGCAGGGAUUGGAUGAUAUCGCCUAUAAUUUCCUUAUCGGCGGUGAUGGUCUCGUGUACGAGGGGACUGGUUGGCAUGUUGCCGGUUCGCAUACCUAUGGUUAUAAUCGAAAUGGUACCGGCAUUGCAUUUAUUGGAGAUUUUAGUGCUAAAUUACCUUCGAGCAAAGCUUUAGGUGCUGCCAAACAUCUGUUGAAGUGUGGCGUCGAAAAUGGUGCCUUGGAUGCAAAUUAUGAAUUGUAUGCGGCCUCUCAAGUUAUAUCGACCCAAAGUCCUGGCUUGAUUCUGUACAAUGAAAUACAAGAAUGGGAUCAUUGGUCACCAAAUCCCUGAAAAUGUGAUGGAAA